AUGUGGAUGAUCAUCAAAAUCGGCCUCUCAUUCCCACUCGACGGUGCUGAAAAACCAGUAUCAUGCGAGAACUGGGACACAAGUCUGAUGAAGAAGAUCAAAGCCAAUGCCAAAGCGACAUGCACUCUCCAAUGUGGCUUAACAAAUGAGGAGCUAAACCGAGUUAGCCCAUUCUCAAGCGCCAAAGACUUGUGGGAGAAGCAAAUUGAGCUACAUGAAGCGACCUUUGAUAUUAAAGAUGGUGAAUUGGCGAGUCAACUACACACACGCAUCCAAGACCUUCCCAACGGCCUCCAUGCAAUUGGACAGAAGGUGGAAAAUCUCGACGUCAUCAAGUACAAUCAAAACAAAGGAACCAAAAGUCAAGCUAUGAACCAAACCCAAGCCUGA